UCUUUCUCCUCGGUUCUAUGGACGUGAAGUGACCGCAGCGCAGCGCUUGUCUCCUCAUCUUCCUUCGCUUCAUCUGCGGCCACAAAAUGGCGGACAUGAUCGAGCUGGGACCCGCCUACGCCAUGUCCCCGGUGCUGGCGGGCUUCCUGGGAGCCGGAGUUCUGGUUCUUGUGGUGGUGGUUCUGGUUCUGCUUUGGUCCUUCUGUCAGCGGCGUUACCUUGGCCUCAGUGGACGCUACAAGCUGCACGGGGAUCGGUACUGUGACGCCGAGGACCCGCCCUACAAAUUCAUCCACAUGUUGAAGGGCAUCAGCAUUUACCCAGAAUCGCUCAGCAGCAGCAAGAGGAUUGUUCGAGGAAUCAGGCGUGCAGAACGCUCUGACCGUGAUGGAGAGCGGCUUGGUGUCGCCGCUGGGCGUGGCAUGGUUCUGGUGGAUGCAGAGAACAACAUCCUGGAUGUUCCUGGUCAGCUGCAAAUGAGUCACCUGGUUCCUCCCACCAAUCCUGGCCCUAACAUCGGUCAGGCCAAGCUGGAUAGGGUGGUGUCGGACCAUGGCGACUACUGCCGUCUGGCUAGCAGCUCAACAUUCAGCAGCAUGACUAGCAGCAAAACUGCAUCACCUUAUACACCUGCCUUGUCUGAUCCAGAACCAGAACCCAGUCUGGGCACCAUUAGCCUUACUGUCGACUACAACUUCCCUAAAAAGGCUCUGGUGGUGACCAUCGUCGGGGCCCGGGGCCUCCCCGCCAUGGACGAGCAGGCCAGUAGCUCGGACCCGUACGUGAAGAUGACAAUCCUGCCAGAGAAGAAGCACCGCGUCAAGACCCGCGUCCUGAGGAAGACUCUGGACCCUCUCUUUGAUGAGACUUUCACCUUUUAUGGCGUGGCCUACAGUGCACUGCCCGAACUGACCCUGCACUUCCUGGUCCUCAGCUUUGAUCGCUUUGCUCGUGAUGAUGUCAUCGGCGAGGCUGUGGUGCCGUUGAAGGGCGUAGACCCAAGCACUGGACGGGUCCACCUGAGUCAGCAGAUCACCAAGAGGAACAUGCAGUGUGAGAGUCGUGGUGAGCUGCUAGCAUCUCUGUCCUACCAGCCCGUGUCUCAUCGUCUCUGUGUGGUCGUCCUCAAAGCCAGACACCUCCCCAAGAUGGACAUGAGCGGCCUCUCAGCUAAUCCAUAUGUGAAGGUGAACGUGUUCUACGGACGCAAACGCAUCGCCAAGAAGAAGACGCAUGUCAAAAAGUGCACGCUCAACCCCGUCUUCAACGAGUCCUUCAUCUACGACAUUCCACCUGAGCUGCUGCCCGACGUCUCCGUGGAGUUCCUGGUGGUCGACUUUGAUCGCACCACCAAGAACGAGGUGCUGGGGCGCGUGCUCCUCGGCCUGCAAAGCCCUGCCUCGACUGGUUGCGCCCACUGGAGGGAGGUGUGCGAAAAUCCAAGACGCCAGAUCUCCAAGUGGCACAACCUCAGCGAGUACUGAGGGGGCGGAGCCUCCGCUGCUGCAUUAUAGAAAAGACUCUGUAAAGAAGCAUGUGCACGUACACAUGCACAUGAA